GUCUUUGACGAUAAAAUAAACAAGGUCAUAGAAAAUAAGCGUUUAUGCAUCCCCGAUAUGUAGUACAAUGUCGUUUAAAACUUUGGAAAAAAAGUGCGACUGUCACAUUAAAUUGUUAUUAUGAAGAUUUGUUUGGGUAUUGCGCGUCGCUCAUUUCAAAGUAUAGUAUGUGCUGAAUGAUAAUGAUCGAAAUUCGGGUGGUGUAUAUGAUAUUUGCAUCACUGAUGUCUAUGAUCACCGGAGAUCUGUAAUCUCCUUUACAUUUGUGGGAAAAUUGCUACACAUUAAUUCAUGUGCAAGUUUAGCAAGGGGUAAAAUUCAUGUCAUUUAGUUCGGUGUCUGUUAUGGCGUGCAACUGAAGCCUUUUUGACGACGAUCGCACGGUGCCUCCAUCCAGCCCGCCGGACUGAGGCGGAGGGCGCUUCGGAUCUUUAAAUAGCAGCCGCAUGAAUAUGAAUGGAGGGGCUGUCUGACGAGCGGCAUGUCAGCAGGAAAUCAAUAGGCUGCCGGGCGCUGAGGAGGGCACGUUUGCUCCGGGACUCGCAGACAGUCCACCCACCAGAAAAAUGCUGUGAGCUUCGGAGCGGCGGUCAGUCCGUGAAACCGCAUCAGCAGGAGCCACAGGCAAGAGGGGAGCUACUUCACCACCGGGAUCUGAAGCCAUGAAUACCGGCGAUGCGAAGGAGUAUCUGGCCAGGAGAGAGAUCCCUCAGCUGUUUGAGAGCCUGCUUACUGGCCUGAUGUACUACCGGCCUGAUGACCCAGUUGAGUAUCUGGAGAACUGUCUGAAGAAGGUCAGGGAGCUGGGAGGGACAGAGAAGGUCCGGUGGGAUACAUUUGUGGGCCAAGAGAAGAAGUCUCUCCCUCCACUAAAUGGAGGCCAGUCCAGGAGGUCCUUCUUCAGGAAUGUGCUGCCGGACAGCCCCAGCUUCCCCUACCGCCGCUACGACCGGCUGCCCCCCAUCCACCAGUUCUCCAUCGAGAGUGACUCCGACCUGUCCGAGACCGCCGAGCUCAUUGAAGAGUACGAGGUGUUUGAUCCAUCUCGGCCGCGGCCCAAAGUCAUCCUCGUCAUCGGUGGCCCAGGCAGCGGCAAGGGUACGCAGAGCCUGAAAAUCGCCGAGCGAUACAGCUUCCAGUACGUGUCCGUCGGAGAGCUGCUGAGGAAGAAGAUGAUCCACAACGCCACCAGCAACAGGAAAUGGGGCCUCAUCGCCAAGAUCAUCACCAACGGGGAGCUGGCACCCCAGGAGACGACCAUAACCGAGAUCAAGCAGAAGAUCAUGAAGAUCCCAGAUGCCACUGGAAUCGUCAUCGACGGCUUCCCGCGAGAUGUUGGACAGGCCCUGUCCUUCGAGGAUCAGAUCUGCACGCCCGACCUGGUGGUGUUCCUCGCCUGCGCAAACAGCCGUCUGAAGGAGCGUCUGGAGAAGCGGGCAGAGCAGCAGGGCCGCCCAGACGACAACCCCAAGGCCACCGAGCGCCGGCUGGCUAACUUCAAGCAGAACGCCAUCCCACUGGUCAAGUACUUCCAGGAGAAAGACCUCAUUGUCACGCUGGACGCAGACAGAGAUGAAGAGGAGGUCUUCUACGACAUCGGUGUGACGGUCGACAGCAGGCUCUUCCCCACCAAGGAGCCUGUUGCCGGUCCCAGUGAGCUGGACCUCAGUCUUCUGGUGGAGUCCACUGGUGUGGGAGACGCAACCCCCGAAUUCGAGGAGCAGGCUGAAGACGACGCGGUCAGUUAUGCUGAGGAGAAUGCUGAAGGUUUCCCGGAGCAGAUGAAAAAGCCAAGGAUCAUCUUUGUGGUUGGGGGUCCCGGCUCAGGGAAGGGUCUGCAGUGUGAGAAGCUGGAGCAGCACUAUGGCCUGCAGCCCCUCUGCCCUGGGGAGCUGCUGCGGCGUGAGCUGCAGGUGCACAGCGAGCAUGGCCGCCUGCUGCGUGACUUCCUGGAGAGAGGAGAGCAGCUUCCGGCGGACACGCCGUUGGAGCUGAUGAGGGAAGCGAUGGCUGCGGCCCUUGGGCACGAGAAGGGCUUCCUGAUCGAAGGCUUCCCCCGGAGCGUCCGGCAGGCCGAGGACUUCGAAGCCAAGAUCAGUGAGCCCAGCCUGGUCCUGCUGCUGGAAUGUUCCGCGGACACCAUGUGCCGUCGGCUGUCGCAGACGGUGGCUCCGCCCCUCCGGCCCGGAGACAGCAGAGACGCCGUGCAGAAGAGGGUGGAGAGCUUCUGCGGCACCGUGGAGCUCAUCACUGCCCACUAUGAACGGAGGAGACUCCUGCACAAGAUUGAUGCGGAGCGACCUCCCGAGGAUGUUUUCAUGCAGAUCUGCCACGUUCUGGAUACCUACUAGCGGUGCCAUCGGGACGGAAGCCUGUUUGUGGAAGAGGUGUCUGGGCGCUGAGCUCUGUGCCGUCAAAGGCCUGAACCCCCACGUCCUUUUGAGAAUUCUGGGAUUUUUAGGGAGUGCCCAACACCACCCCCCUCUCCCGAAGGAGGUCAUGACAAUGGAAGUCUUGGUGCAACGAACCAGAAGCUUAUAUCGUGUGCCAACCCCCCCCCCCCAUACGCACGUUGUGUCCUUGCUCUGUAAGAUACCAGCACUCUGACACUCAAAGUGAAGUUACCCCUAAUGCGCUUGGAAAAGCAAGAGUUUCUGUAGGUUUCCUUUUCAUGUUCAUCUCGUACGUUAGCAUUGCAUGGAGUCAGCUAUCAAAGUUCACCGUCGCUCCUGCGGACCGCAGGCUCUCUCGCGGAGGAACUGUGCUCUUCCGUCUUUAUGAAGUGUACAUACAGUGAAUGUGGACAAAAAUGUGCCGUCACAUUUUACACUUUGAAUUCACUUUUUGAAGGUUAAGUGAAAAGGGUUUUAUAAGUAUUUCACCACUGCAAAGAGCAAAACCAGCGCCACUACGCAAAUCGCCCUCUCCACCCCUGCAGUCAGCAUUGCCACAGACCACCCUCUCUCCCCUGUACAGCCACCACUGUUACACAGACCACCCUCUCUCCCUUCUAUAGCCACCACUGCUACACAGACCAUCCCCUCUCCCCUGUACAGCCAACACCUCUACACAGACCUCCCUCCCUUCUUUGUGCAGCCACCAUCUCUAUACAAACCAUGCUCUCUCCCCUGAAUAGCCACUGCUGCUACAGACUGCCCUCUGUCCCCUACACAGCCAGUGCUGCCACACAGACCAUUCCCCCUCUCACCUAUAUGGCCACUGCCACUGCGCAGACCACCCUCUCUCCCAUGUACAGCCAGUGCCACCACACAGAUCACCCUCUCUCCAUUGUAUGACCAGUGACUCUAUACCGACCUCCCUCUCACCUGUACAGCGAGUUUACCCACUAUUCCCUGUACAGUCACCACCUCUACACAGACCACCCUUUCUCCCCUGUAUAUGCCACUGCUACUACACAGACCACCCUCUGUUCCCUGUACAGCCACUGCCACUACACAGACCACCCUCUGUUCCCUGUACAGCCACUACACAGACCACCCUCUGUCCCCUGUACAGCCACUGCCACUACACAGACCACCCUCUGUCCCCUGUACAGCCACUGCCACUACACAGACCACCCUCUGUCCCCUGUACAGUCACUGCCACUACACUACACUUCCCUCUCACUGCACUCUUGCUCUGUGGUCUUGAAGUGGAAAAUAAAGCACAUGUACCAUCCUUC